AUGUCAAAUCAAAAUAGAAAUAUCAUUAUCGAAGAUGAUGCAAGCCGCACCAGAGUAGUUGCCAUGGCAGUUAGAGAGGCAUGUGAAAUUGCAUAUCUAAAAAAGACACAACAAGAUUGGGAGGCUGCUUGCCAAGCAAUUUUAGAAAAUGAAUUAUUGACAAGAACAGAAAAAUCAACAAUCAUUUCAUUAAGCCAUGCUAAUACUAAUACUAAUAUGGAAAGUACAAAUACAGAAAUUGUUCAAAAAAAAAUGAAGAAAAGUACAUUUUCCGUAUUAGUAUUGGUAUCAAAAACUGUAUUUUUCC